AAGUUUCCGUUAGUAAUGGUAAUACAGAUAGUGAUAUAUUAUCUACAAUCCUGAAUAAAACAGAAGAGUCAAAGACUCAAUGCUUCGCAUCUCAAUCCAGCAAUAUUAACUUCAUGUUUUUAGAUGAAAAACUUUGUAAUGCUAUAAUUCUUGCUAACCGUAAAACUCAAGAAACUAUCAUGUGUUAUCACCUAUUUGGCGAAACUCUCAAUAUAGUUAGUAGAAUUUUAAAUAAAAAAGUUCGUGCUCAGCUUCCAGUAGAUAUUUCGGAUGCACUUUUAUGA